AUGGGCAGGAUACCAAAUGCACCCGCAGACUCUCCACACACGUAUUCUGUGAACCUCAAACUCAACCGGAGGCUGAAGCAAUCUGCCGAAUAUACGGAGGUCACCUCGCAACGCUUUGCGAUCAAGAUGUGGACGAUUUUGCUGCACUCAUGGGUUAUUUUUACCAAACUGGAAGAGACCUUCCUCGCGUUUGGAUCGGACUUCAUUGGAAAGGAAGAGCUCCGUUGUCGUGGAUCUGGGAAAGUGGUUCGAACUGUACCUACAGAGCAUGGUGGAAAGGCCAAAAGACGCCCGACAAUUAUGGGGGAACAGAAAAAUGUGUUCACUAUAUAA